AUGUCGGUGCAAGACUAUUUGGAUAACCACAUGCUCUCUCGGAAAAUCGAAGACGCCGUCAAUGCCGCCGUUAGGGCUAAGGCCCCCGAUCCCGUCCUCUAUAUCUCGAAUCAUAUGAGGAAAGCGAUUCCGUCAGUGAUAACGAAGGUCAAAGCUCGGCAGAUCCUCGAUAGCAGAGGAAUUCCAACUGUUGAAGUGGACCUCCACACUAACAAAGGAAUGUUUCGUGCUUCUGCUCCUAGUUCUGAUCUUUCAGGAAUGUAUGAGGCUGUUGAAUUGCGAGAUGGGGACAAGGGAUCGUAUCUUGGAAAUAGUGUGACUAGAGCUGUUAAGAAUGUGAAUGAGAAAAUAUCCGAAGCAUUGGUAGGCAUGGAUCCUACGCUUCAGUCUCAGAUUGAUCAGGCAAUGCUAGAACUGGAUAGAACAGAAAAGAAGGGUGAACUUGGAGUAAAUGCCAUACUAGCUGUGUCAAUUGCUGCAUGCAAAGCUGGAGCUGCUCAAAAAGACGUGCCACUGUACAAACAUAUUGCCGACCUUUCUGGAAAAUCACAACUGACCCUGCCUGUCCCUGCUUUCACUGUUAUAAGUGGGGGAAAGCGUGCUGGGAAUAAUCUGGCCAUUCAGGAAAUUAUGGUUCUCCCAAUUGGAGCUAACAGGUUUGAGGAGGCAUUGCAAAUGGGAUCGGAAACCUAUCAUCACUUGAAGGCUGUUAUUACAGAAAAAUAUGGCGCACAUGGAUGUAAUGUUGGAGAAGAUGGUGGUUUUGCUCCAAACAUCUCCAGCAUUAAAGAAGUCUUGGAUCUUGUAAAAGAGGCGAUCAGCAGAACAGGUUAUAAUGAGCAAAUAAAACUAGCAAUUGAUGUUGCUGCUACUGACUUUUGCAUAGGUACAAAGUAUGACCUGGACUACAAAACAGCAAAUAAGUCGGGACAAAAUUUCAAGUCAGGCCAAGAUAUGACUGAGAUGUAUAAAGAACUUUGUAAUGAGUACCCAAUUGUUUCAAUUGAAGACCCAUUUGAUAAGGAGGACUGGGAACACACCAAAAAGUUUUCUGGUCUUGGAAUUUGUCAGGUAGUUGGAGAUGACUUGAUAAUGUCGAAUCCAAAACGUAUUAAGAGAGCAAUAGAGGAGUCCACUUGUAAUGCUCUUCUUGUAAAGAUCAACCAGAUUGGGACGGUUUCCGAGGCCAUUGAAGUGGUGAAGUUGGCAAAGGAUGCGCACUGGGGAGUGGUGACAUCCCACAGAUGUGGUGAAACUGAAGAUUCCUUCAUAGCAGACUUAUCCGUUGGUCUGUCAACGGGUCAGAUCAAAGCUGGUGCUCCUUGCAGAGGCGAGCGGCUGGCUAAGUAUAACCAGUUGCUUCGAAUUGAGGAAGAACUUGGGGACAAUGCAUUUUAUGCUGGUGAAGACUGGAGGGAAUCACCCUAA